GAAUUUGGCACAAAACGGUCGUCGUUGCGUUAGGAGACCUUCCCUAAUUUCAAGUCCUCCUUUCAGCUUGUGUCUCAGUAUGGACUGACGAGACAGUACGAAGCCACGUGCUACAUUCUGGCCACGAAAUGAUUAAGACAACCUUGCGCCGCUCCAUUACAAUUGGCCGAAGACACCAAAUCUUCAAGUCACAAUGUCCGAGGAAUAAGCAACAUUCUUUCUUGGUUAAGGCUGUCAAGGCAGACUGAGGCAGUCUCCCUGGCUUCAGGCAGUCCUUGACGCAGAUCUGCUUGACAGCAGGAGAAUCCCACCAUGGUCUGAUUGAUCACGAUGUAUUACUGCUCCAUGUUGGGUAUAAGAAGCUCUGGCAUGCCGAUCUUUCCAUUGUGGAUUCCAACAACCACAACUGAACUUCUACUCUAACUUCGUAUUACAAUUUCAAGCAGUUCAAAAGGUAAAACGUCAACGAUAUGGGCAACCUUCAAACAAUUUCUCUUCUGACGGGCUUCCUGGCUUGCAUACCAACAGUCCAAGCUCAUGGCUACGUCAAGAACAUUGUCAUCAACGGAGUAUCAUAUCAGGGCUACGACCCGACUGUUUUUCCUUACCAGUCGAAUCCCCCUAUUGUGGUAGGUUGGACGACAUCUCAGACCGACCUCGGAUACGUCGAGCCCGCAGCCUUUGGUACCUCAGACAUCAUCUGCCAUAGAGGGUCCAAGCCCGCUGGUGGCCACGCCCGUGUCGCCGCGGGGGAUUCCAUUGCCCUGACCUGGAACACCUGGCCCGACUCCCACCACGGACCCAUCAUCGACUACCUCGCGCCCUGCAACGGCCCCUGCGAGAGCGUUGAAAAGACCGCCCUCAAGUUCUUCAAGAUCGAUGGUGCCGGCAAGGCAGACCCAAGCGCGACAUCCAGUCCGGGCUAUUGGGCUGACGACGUGAUGAUGGCCAACGGUCUGACAUGGCUUGUCCAGAUUCCGGCCUCCAUCACGCCGGGCAACUACGUCCUGCGCCACGAGAUCAUCGCUUUGCACAGCGCCAACAAUGCCAACGGCGCUCAAGCCUACCCGCAGUGCUUCAACUUGGAGGUCAUAGGCUCUGGAACAAAUACGCCUGACAGCGUAUUGGGAACGCAGUUGUACAAGAACAACGACCCGGGCAUCGCGUACAACCUGUACACGACGCCGCAGCCGUCAUACACGGUGCCCGGCCCGACGCUCAUCGCAGGCGUGCCGUCGAGCGUGGCUCAAUCCAGCUCCGCCAUCACGAAGAGCACCUCCGCGACCGUGGGGUAUACCUCGGCCACUUCGUCUUCCUCCAUAACCAUAACCGCAUCUGAUUCGCAGGCUAGCACGUCGUCGACGACGACAACUAGUAAGUCUUCGACUACAGCCUCUUCUUCAUCCACUACCUCCACUACCUCCACCACAUCAACAUCAAAGACUACGACGACAAGCGCGAGCACGGGGUCGGUACCGAGCGAGAGCCUGGUGCCGCUGUAUGGCCAAUGUGGCGGUAGAAACUGGCAAGGCUCCUCGCAGUGUGCGCAGCAGAAGGUAGCGUGUCAGUACUCAAACGAUUACUACUCACAGUGUGUGCUAGUGCCGGCAUAGACGAUUCACCAUGCAGGCACUUGCAUAUAAUACCAGCUGGGCUUUCAGCGGGCAGUUGGAAAUUGGGUGUUGCGGACGCAGUAUGGUAAUGGAACAAGAUGUUGGUUGUGUAUGCUAAGAUGUUUAUAGCCUCGCUUGUUUGCAAAUAACCUUUCUUUUCCGCUUUAGCUCCAACAGUUCACCACUAAUCAUAGGAAUAUUCAAGGUUCAUUGAGUUAGAAUACAAGUUAUUUUAACUGCACUAAGUGAGGAGGGUUAAUACUUGUUGACACUAGACUAGGUUAGUCUAAGCACAAACAUGAUCUUGCCUGAAAGGGACUAGACUUCGACUCGGUGUGCCGCUUAC